AUGAAAGAAGAUAUUUUGGAAGAAUUGAAAUCCUUAAACUCUCGAAUAAGGGUAGUAUUUGCAACCACUGCUUUUGGUAUGGGUGUUAAUGUACCUCAGGUUACUAACAUUAUUCAUAUUUCUCCCCCAUCAAAACUGGAAAGUUACAUACAAGAAAUUGGACGUGCAGGGAGAAAUGGUGCACAAUCAAAUGCCAUAUUGUACUACAACAACUCUGACAUCAUUUUAAAUGCGAAACACAAGACAAUUGUUGUGAAAACUAAUCCUACGACAACUGAAGAUUUUUCUCCUGUUCAUCAUAUACAAAUGUCAGAUAUUGAUAGAGAAUCAAUACGUUUAGAGCUAGAAAUGAUUAAUGUUGAAAAGGAAGAAGACUCUCAUUUAUUAACAUUUGAGUUUAAUUUGACACAUGAUGUUAUUGGAAAAAUUUCCAACAAUUUUCAUUUAAUAACUUGUGAACGUGAUUUAUUGCAUAAAUUUGAUGUUUGGGAUGAAAGGUAUUCGACAAAAAUUUUUGAUGUCAUCAGAAAAUAUUUGAAUCUAUAA